CUGGGCAGCAGAAGAAGCGGCUGCUGGUCUCAGGGACCCAGAGGAUGGGCGCUCAGGGACUCUGGUACCGGUUGGAGGUUCUGCUCGGAGCCCAGCGGGUCCAGUAGAAGCAGGUUUGGUUUGAGCCUCCAUCGGCCUGCAGCUCUGGACCUGCUUCCUUCAGGCCUUCCUGCCGCUGAUGGAUCCCUGAACGGCUCACAGGCCCGCAUUAAGUCCAGGACCCAGCGGGUCCAGAAGGAGCCCAACACCUGUGGACAUGAGGAGGUGUCCGCGCGCCCGCUGCGGAGUUUAGGCCGAGCGCGCGCGCCGCUUCCCGAGCAGGACAUGGGAGAUCUGCACGCGCUGUGAGCGCACACCGACCCAGAACCGGACCCGGACCGGAGCGGACCCGGACCCGGACCGGAGCGGACGGCAUCAUGAAGGAGAAAUCAAAGAACGCGGCGCGCACGCGCCGGGAGAAGGAGAACAGUGAGUUUUAUGAGCUGGCCAAGCUGCUGCCGCUGCCCUCCGCCAUCACCUCCCAGCUGGACAAAGCCUCCAUCAUCCGCCUGACCAGCAGCUACCUGAGGAUGAGGAGCGUCCUCCCUGCAGGCCUCGGUGAAUCCUGGGGUCAUGUGAGUCGCAGCUCUGUGGAUGGUGUCAGCCAGGAAUUAGGCUCCCAUCUCCUACAGACUUUAGAUGGAUUCGUUUUUGUGGUGGCUCCUGAUGGGAAGAUCAUGUACAUAUCGGAGACGGCGUCCGUUCACCUGGGCCUGUCACAGGUGGAGCUGACGGGAAACAGCAUUUAUGAAUACAUUCAUCCGGCCGACCACGAUGAAAUGACGGCCGUGCUCACGGCCCACCAGCCCUACCAUUCCCAUUUCCUCCAAGAGUUUGAGAUGGAGCGCUCCUUCUUCCUGAGGAUGAAAUGUGUCCUGGCUAAAAGGAACGCCGGUCUCACCUGUGGAGGCUACAAGGUGAUCCACUGCAGCGGCUACCUGAAGGUCCGUCAGUACAGCCUGGACAUGUCUCCGUUUGACGGCUGCUACCAGAACAUCGGCCUGGUGGCCGUCGGCCACUCGCUGCCUCCCAGCGCCGUGACAGAGAUCAAGCUGCACAGCAACAUGUUCAUGUUCAGAGCCAGCCUGGACAUGAAGCUCAUCUUCCUCGACUCUCGGGUUGCAGAGCUAACAGGUUAUGAGCCUCAGGAUCUCAUAGAGCAGACUCUCUACCAUCACGUCCACAGCUGUGACUCCUUCCACCUGCGCUGCGCGCAUCAUUUGUUGCUGGUCAAAGGUCAGGUCACCACCAGGUACUACCGUUUCUUGGCCAAACAAGGUGGCUGGGUCUGGGUUCAGAGUUAUGCGACUAUCGUGCACAACAGCCGCUCGUCGCGACCGCACUGCAUCGUCAGCGUCAACUAUGUGCUCACGGAAACUGAAUGUAAAGGUUUGCAGCUUUCUCUGGAUCAGGCUACCCCCAAGGCCGCCUUCCCCUUCAGCAGCAAUAGCGCCGCCAGCAGCCAUUCUGAGAACUGCAAAGCCCUGAAGAGCAGAGCGAUGCGGCUCAAGACCAAAUCCAGGCCUUCGCCGUACACACAGUAUCCCAGCUUCCAAGCAGAGCGGUCAGAGUCAGACAUGGAAAGUCCGUGGGGCAGCAGUCCCCUCACAGACUCGGCUUCCCCUCAGCUGGAACGCAGCGAAGGCUUGGACGCCUCGUGCAUCUCCAGGAACUUUUCUGAUCCACGCCACCUCUGCCACAGCUUGUCUGAAGAGCAGCAUCACAGCGUCAGAGAUUUCCACACACACGGUCAGGGGCAGAGCUGUGAGAGGGCUCGAUGUGAUGCAGGCAGAUACUUUGUCGGCGCUCCUCCAGCCUGCAGGGACACGUGGUUCGCCUCGGCCCGUCCCUUCGUCCCGCUGGCUAAGGGUUGCUUCGACGGCCACGAUGGAUACAGCGGCAGCAUUGGGCGCAUCCCAACAGUCCUGAGUGAGCAAGGCGCAGCCCACUGGGAGGAAGACAGCAUUGUCAGCUCCCCAGAUGGUGGCUCGGCCAGUGACUCAGGGGACCGCUAUCGGGAAGAUCGCUACUCCUGCAGCCCUGAGGAACCCAGUAAGAUCGAGUCUCUGAUCAGGGCCACGCAGCAGAUGAUCAAGGAGGAGGAGAGUCGAACACAGCUGGCAAAGGGCUUUGAAGACACACCACCAGGGCUUGCCAGCGGACUGCAAAGGGCGGCUGCUUCAUGCUUCACUGCAGAGUAUUCUCAAGGGCCCCCACAGACUAUGGUGUACAGGAGCUUUAAUCAAGUGAUCAGCCCUAAUCCUAGCCCCACCCCUCUGUCCAGACUUAGCAGCCCUGGUGCCGAGCGUUUGCACAAGCCCAAAGACUACCUCCAGACCAACAUGACUCCCCUUUCCUUGCAGUUGCACCACCCUUUGGGUCGGUUAGGACCAUGCUCAGCCUCCCCCACUCAAGCCCCCGCACUCUACCCCUCCCACAGCCAUCCACGUUCCUAUGUAGACAAACAUCCUGCGUAUUCCCUGACGGGCUACACCCUGGAGCACCUGUACGACCCUGAGAACCUGCGAGGCUGUUGCUCCUCUGUUAACACUGAACCCACCCACUACGACCACUUCCUCGCACCAGGAGAACAAAACCCUGGACAUAAAGGCCCCUCGGUCAUUAUCAGCAACAGCAGCUAACGCUCCAUAACCCCCGCCCGGGGGGGGCGGAGCCACAAAGCCACCUGAGCUAGCUGGCUCUGUGGCCGAAGGGAGACUUCUUUUAGUCUGUAAGGAAGCAACAAACCAGGCAUCCAUUAUAAUUUUUGUUUCUGUGGGAAUGUGAAAAAACACCAGUGCCUGAAAUCUGAGCAGAUCAUUCAACAUCCUUACAGCUUACCUCCGUAAUUUCUGCUGAACGACAGGAUCUGAUCCCAACGCUGACCUAGAGAGACCAGACAGGAGUCGCUCUCCUCAUUCAGAGUCGUCCUCUCAUCCUCACGUCUUCCUGUAAUCCGCUGGUUUCCAACGCUGCUCCUCAUGGACCCUGUCCUGCAGGUUUUAGCUGUCUGCUCGAUGCAUCACACCAGAAAACAUCCGAUCAUAAACAGGCUUCUGCAGAGGAGGAGCCCUUUUAUAAUCAGGAGCGCUGGAACAGAGACUCACCUAAAACAUGCAGGGCUGGGAACCGCUGCUAAUCACUGAGGCGACAGCCAGCACCGUUUCAGUCUAAAGAAAAGAGCUUUUUCACUGACACCAUUUGAUUAAAAGCUCAAACCCAGAAACCAGGCCUGUUCUGGUACUGAAGCAACCAAUAAUCUGUUAGAUGGAGCUUUCACUCCUGUUUUGAAUGUGCAUCAGUAAGAUGCAGGUAAAGGGAAAUGCUAAUUAGAAGCUUGUUAUGUUUUAUAUAGGAAAUGAAGGAGUGGAUCGCGGCUUCACCUGAAACACACCAGAGAAGGAACAGUCUGUGAUGUUAAACAUGUGAGAAUCCUGUCCUAAAAGCAUUUUACUAUGCAGUCAAAGGAAUCAUAUUAAGAUCUUCUUCAUCCUCUUUGAAAGGCUGGAUGAAGAAGGUAAAGAGUCACCGCCAUCCAUAUAAAAGUCCCUGCAUUUGUUAAUCAAAUGGCUGAAUUCCUGAGCCUAGACCAUUUUAACGAGUCUUUUAUUUGAAAAAGAGCUAAUAGGAGACAUGCAGAAGCGUCAACAAGCCAGGAAUCGAACCCACGACAGCGACCGUCUCAUACAAUAGUGAUGCUUUUAACCCGUGCCACCGCCGCUCCGCAAUAAUCCGGUGUCCUCAUGUAACUUUAUUUUAGGUCAGAGAAAUUAUUAUUUAGAUUUUUAUUAAGAAAUUAAUUUUCCUGUAAUUAGUUUCCUGAGCUUGACCAAUCUGCUUCAACCUGCACUGAAUCAUGGGACAUAAUACGAUACUGUGUGCCGGAUCCAUCCUUCUAAUCAGCUGAAGCAAUGAGGCCUGUGAGGGAGUCUAAUGCUACGUUCAGACCGCACGCUGCAGAGGCAGCAGAAGCAGCUGGUUUACAUGCAGAGGCAAUGGUUGAAUCAAGGAGCAACAAAAGGUCCCAUAGAGCGUUUUGAGCAGCUUCUGAGCAGCUGAUGUAUGUGAUGCACUUCAGAAGCAGCAGCUGCUGGAGUUGGAAAAUGUAACUUUAGCUGCUUGACGCAUCACAUCAACCAAUGAGAGAAGCUGAUC